UCCUUUUCUCCUUCUCUUAGAUUGUAGAGUUCUCGCCUCUUCAUGUCCGAACUGGGUCUGGUCCUGCUGCUCCAGCAGCCACCAUUCCCUCCCCGUCGCGCUGUCGCCGUCUCAUCCCCGAACCACCGCCCUCAGUCCGCCCUGUGAAUCCGUCCUUCCCUCAGGAUCCAACACUAAGUAAUCACUGUUUAACGUGUUGGCCGCCACUGCUUCCCUGCUGGAUAAAGCUGUACACUGCCGUUUAUCAGGACACGCGCCCCCCUAAAUUUUAUCGCCGAAUUGAACGCCAUCCUAUUCGACGUCUGGAACGACAAACAUAAUACGCAUCAAGUUACUGGAGGCAAGGGACAACGGUUACCCAAAUGAAUUCCCUUCAGCAAUCAUGCCGACCGAAACAUCAGGUCUUAAUCUUGAAAUGUUAUCCACGGUUUCAGAAAGGCUUUCAGGAGGUGAAGCCCAACUCGUCAGAGCUCAGUUAUCUCCUCUACUAUGCCAGCACGCGACGAAGUAAACUGCAGAAGGUUGGCGCAUUUCUGGAGAAAAGGGCUGCUAGAGAUGUUUGGAGGAUGAAGCUCGGGAAUGUCCAAGUUACCCUCCAGAUCCUCGCAGCGCUUAUUGAGAAGGUUCCACGAGAUCUCCCCCUAUACGCGCUCUCUGUUUUGACCAUAAUUGAUACUGUUCUCGGCUCAAAUGACCUACCGAUGGUAGAAGAGACCAUAGAGACUUACGAUAUCUUUUGCCGUCAUCAGGAUAUGACUGUCCUUGGUGCGGAUCAGGAAUACGUGAACCUAUAUAGAAAUAUUGUCAGGAGCUAUGCGCAGCUGGCUUCAGUCGACCAUGUAACUCCAGCGAGGGCGGCGCUGUCACUCCCCUUACGUAUGAGAUGGCGAAAUGCUGGUUUGCGGGCUAUCAAAAGUAUUGUCAGCUCUGAAGCUCUGUCCUUGGACGGGACAAAGCAAUUGGAAAUUCUGAUGCCGGUGAUUCUGAGUAAUCUUUAUUCUACCGAGAACUUGCUUCCGUUGCAGGCAAAGGUUUUGUCUUCAGAAAAGCAGGAACGGGAGCAUGCGCGACGACGAAGAACGAGCAUCACGACAGUCCGGACCGUCGAUACAACGGAUGCGGACCCCACUACCGCUGCAGCGUCUACAGCAGAUGCAGACAAUUUGGCAGAAAUUGAAGUCCGCGUUUUGGCACUGCGCUGCUUGGAGAAGAUUUUCGCCGCUGGUAGUAAUCGGGGCCAAAUUCGCCAUGCAAUUUCCCUGAUCCUGCAGUUUAUUGUGAGCAAGAGGCCUCCGCGCCACUGCUCUCUGCAGCAGCACCCCGAUUCUGUUGGUGCUGGUGACAGCUGGGCCACAAAUUUGAUGGAAGUCAUCGCAAAGUGGUCACCAGUACAGGACCGCUUCAUCAUUCUCAUUACAACCUUGGAACAGCUUGUCAAUACCCCCAUGGUUGACGAUAAACUCGAAUCGCAGUUGAUCCUAGCAUCGAUGAUGGACUGGUUACUCAGCUCUCCAAACAAUCUUAUUGGACUGAGCGUAAUUGACGUCCUUAUUAGUUUACUUCAACGCCUGCUUCUUCUCUUGCAGCUGGGGGGCCGAUCUGCGAAAAUGGUACACCACGGCGCACCGUCUGGGAAUGUCGAUAGCCUUCCAGAACUCGGAGAAGCUAGUGAAAAGCCGAUCGUGGAGCCUAACGGUAAUGAUGUGCAACUAGCAGAGGGCACAGGUACUGUCAUCCCUUGGGACGCGCGUCAGGAGUUGGUGGAGCUCCUGCAAAAGUGUAUCGGAUCUUUGGCUACACACAUUUAUUACACUGAUCAGGUUUCUGACAUGAUUCGUACUAUUAUUUCGCGACUAAAGCCGUCUCCAACAUCGGAACUUUCGAACCAUGAGGCUGAAGGCGAUCAAACUAAUGUCAUUGACAGCUCGGAAGAUGUAACGGGGAACACCUUCUUUUCCUUCCCGGCUGCUAGAAUUGUAGCUUUAAAAUGCAUCAAAAAUAUACUGAUGGCCAAUCUACGCAAGUCCAUGACUGCAGCAGGAGCGGAUUCGCGAAGCAGAGUCAACAUUUGGGUAUGGGAAGGUACCCAAUGGCUUCUGCGAGAUCCAGAUCGUGAGGUUUCACACACUUACGUUGAUGCAUUUCUUUCUUGGUUGCAACUAGAAACUACAAAAGAUGACCUGAGGGCGACAUUUGAAACCAAACGAGAGCCUAAAAUUGGUGCUAGGCGUGAGGUUUCUGAUGCAUCCGACAAAUUGACCAGGAAAAUCAUCUCCACAGUAUCUCAGCGGGAUAAGGAUGCCGCCAUAGCUACGUCCAACUUUCUUCAACUCCUCCACCUGACAGUUUACGAUAUUGCAACAGAAUAUGCUGCAGUGGACUCCGAUAUUAUGCUUUUGCACCUGUUACUGGCUAACCUGGUGGAGAAAAUGGGGGUCAAUGCAGCCAAAUAUGGACUUCCUAUGAUACUGAGGCUGCAAGCUGACUUUUUAUCCAACGAUGAGUCAAUUUCUGCCGCUGCUAGAAUCAACGUUUUAAGUUUGGUUCACGGGUAUCUAUGGGCGUUAGUUGAAAAAUUCGCUCUCGAAACUACAAAAGUUGGUGAUAAUAUCCUUAGAGAAAUUUCCAGACGGAAGCAGAGAGGUUGUUGGCUUGAAAAUAUCCAACUCCCGCCACGACAAUUAAAUCACAUUAUACCCUCUAACGGACCCAGCCCCAACCAUAAUGUACAACUACAACCCGACAGGAGUAUGUACUACCCGUUCACUGGUCUGUCUCAGCUUGUUGAUCAAAUUGAAAAUAACUACAAUACCGUUGUUAAAUCACCAACAAUCAGCCCUGCCAGUUCUCCUGGCCGUGCUUUUUCCACGCCAAUUCUUGGGCAGGGAAGCGCUGCGCCAGGGAGAGUUCCGCCGGAAGAACGACUUCCAACGAUUGUGAAGGAACGCAUGCUAGCGCCAUGGUCGAAGGAGGAAUGCCUGGCCGCCAUAGCCACCGAAAAAGCGCAGUCGUCAUCGAUUAGUGGUUCGAGAACCGGUACUUCGGCGACACGUAAUUAUUUUGCAACAAAUGGACAUAAGAAUGGGAAUGCGUCUCCCCCGAAAGAGGACAAUAUCUCAGCUAACCCACCCCAACGAAAUCCCGAUGCACGGCUUUCCGGCCCUCCUGGAAUUACAGGCGGUUCGAAUAGUCUGCAAAAGCUUCGGCGCCAGAGUGUUCCGGCAGGUUCGCACACAUCCGUUGCGAGUUCAAGUCGGGAUUCAACGGUAAGAGUCAACGAGCUUCGUCGGGUUUUGUCUGUUGUAAACGGCAGCAAUGUCCGCCACUCGAGUCCUCUUCGCGGUCGCGAGGACUUAUCUCAGGGGGUUGAAAGUGGUGCAUCCAGCGCAGAAAGCAUUCUUAGCGAUACAUUUUCAACCUCCGAUAUAGGAACUACAUCUGCCGGUGCUGCAGCUCCAUCCAAUAGGCCCCAGCGAGAGGGUUCGGAAACCCCAAAGGCGUCCGUGUCUAACCACACCAAUGCCUUAAAUAGCGAAGAGAAGAAUGGCCUUGGACAGUUAAUGCGGGAGAUUUCCAAUGACAUUCCACCAGUCCCUCCCUUGCCUGCAGCCCUCACAAUACCAGGCGGAUUCCCAAAUGAUUCCCCUCAUAUAUCGCCGUCAUACCCACCAACUGGUGUUGAUCGUCCUUCAACAGCCCCGUCUCAGUCCCGCGCCAGACCAGUUACAAAAGAUCAACAUACUGUGAGCACAAUGCCGCGGCAGAGCAGAUCGUUGACCAGACAGAAGUCGCGAACUUCAAAGCAAUUGAACACUCCCAGCGUUCCCAAUCUCUCUCGGUAUGCUGAUAAUUCGGUUCGCAUUGUUUCCGCUGGUGACCACAGAGCAUCCUCUUCCCGUGGACCCGGUUCUAUUAGCAUGGGUCGCCGCGUUGAUGUGGAAAAAUUGCUUGAAGGUCUAAUAGCCGGCCCGGAAAGUGGGGAGGUGAAUGGUGGCGGGGGCAACAUUGUUGAGGGUUUGCCAUCUCAAUCCCAUCCACCAUACUCCUCUCAUUCUAACCGAUCCAACGAACCUCCAUAUUCUCUCAAUGACACUGGUUACUACCCUGGCAAAAAGAAUCGGGAUAUGUCUGGAGUUCGCAGUCUUGGUAGGGUAGGGAGCAUAGCACGGCCUCCUUACUAGACUUCGCUCGCCCUUGUUCGCCACCUAGACGGCUUCUCUUCUAAUACCUGCUCUUGCCUUUCUUAGCAUCUAUGUUAUGCGCUUUAUUUUGCGCCUCUUCAUUCCCGCCCAUCCCAUAUAUUUCUCCCAUUUUUUCCAAAACCUUUUUCGUUUUAUUUCCUACAGGCUAGUUAUCAUGCAUAUUUCCACCCCUUUCGCUAUUAUGAGGUUUACCUACUCCUUCAUGGAAGUCUUUCCUUUAUUCUCAUUUCAUUUGUUUUUCCCUAUCUCUACCAACCGAAAAUGGCGUAGUCCACCUCCAAUUCUUGUAAAACUAUAUUUCCUUUCCUGUUACAUGCUUUUUGCCAAUUGUUUCACCUUCUUUUUUUUUCCUUUCCCUAGCCUUUUUUACCUGUUGCCUUGCACCUGCGGUUUCUAUCAACAUACCUUUUUUUAUAAUUGUACGAAAUAUUUACCAUAUUUGCGUAUAUAAUAUUACUGAUAGUUGGUC